UUCGUUUUCCUUUCGUCAGAAGUGCCGAGCAGACCGGGGUCUAAUCUGGGAGCUGGAGCAGUCAGACCUAAUGCAGCUUCCAACAUGACGGAGUCGAUGUGUAUGAAGUUAAUAUGUGCUCGAAACGGAGCUAUAGGCUACGAGGAGCUGCUCUCUCAGUUCGGCGGAGUGGAGAGCCUUAUAGAGGACAGCGAGUCUUUCGUCAUUGUUUUCCUGAACGAACAGAAAACCGUCAUCGCCAAAAGCCCAAUUAAACUGUGCCGGGCGAAGAACUGCAACGGCUGCUCGAAUUUACAUCUCUGUAAAUUCUUCCUGUUGGGUGACUGUCAGUACGGCAGAGGAAGACGAGGAUGUCGUUUUUCCCAUGACUUGAACACGGCACAGAAUGUCAGAGUCCUGCACAGUCAUGGAUUGAGCCUGCUGGACAGGAGAGAGCUCUGUUUCCUUCUGCUUCAGAGUGACAACAGUCUCCUACCUGCUGUGUGCCAUUCCUACAACAAUGGUGCAGGUCCGUAUGGGCGAUGCCAGGAUGGAGAGAACUGUAAGAGGCUGCACAUCUGUGAGAAGUACCUCAGGGGGCCUUGCCAGUGUCCGCGGGCACACGAUUUCUAUGAACCCCACCCGCUGAGAACGCUGCAGGAGAGGGGCGUCCCUCAUGAGCUCCUGGGGUCUAUGAAAGCCAUCUACACAAACAUUGAGGCCUUAAGGCACCAAGCCAAAGUCAGAUUGCCUCAGGAGAAUGGCCCAAGAGCCAACAAACGCUUCAAACCACCACAGCAGACAUCAGCUAAUAUUAAUAUUACUAAUAUUAGCACAGGGCAGGGUGCAAGCUCAAGCUCCAGAGCUCCUCAUUCAUCAGCAGAAAAAACUGAAAUCUGCAUGUACUUUGUCAAGGGAAGCUGCAAAAAUGGUGAUAGGUGUAUGAAAGAGCACUCUAAACUUCCCUAUAAAUGGGAGGUUAAAAACGGAGCUGCGUGGGUAGCUCUUCCUAAUAAUGAGGCGAUAGAGAAAGAUUACUGUAACCCAGCUAAGACAUACAGCUCUGGCUUUGAUCCAGUGUAUUUCGAUACGAUGACCCAUGGAUCUAACUCUGUGCGGCGUCUCUCUACGCUGUCCUCAGUGGUCCAACCUAACUUCAUCCUCACUACCACCUGGACCUGGUACUGGGAGGAUGAGUAUGGCAACUGGAUCCAGUAUGCAUCUGCAAGUGGAGGCCACAACACAGCUUCUAUCACCAGUGAAGAACUGGAACAGAAAUUUACACAGGACAACAAAGCAGUUGUGGAGUUCACUGCUGGCUCACAAUCCUAUAUAAUCAGCUUCCAAGAUAUGAUACAGACAAACAAGCGCUAUGGGACCAAAAAGCUGGUAAGGCGUCGACCUGAAUUUGUGUCUACAGCAGAUGCACAAACAAUCAGAACGAGCAAAAGGCAGAUCAGUUUUAAAACUCUACCAAGUCACUGGGAUAAGGCACUGACACCCGAAACUGGUUACAAGAGAGUACAGCUCCAGAGCACAUCUGCAGAAUACAAGGAGAUCCAGAACCUGUUCAGUGCCACUAUGCACGGUUUCAGCAUUCAGCAGAUAGAGAGAAUUCAAAACAAAGCCCUCUGGGAAGUGUUUCAGUGGCAGAAGGACGUCAUGAAGAAGAAUAAAGCAGGGGGGAUUGUUACAGAGAAAAAGCUGUUUCAUGGAACAGACCCCAAACACAUAGAUGCCAUCUGCCACCAUAACUUUGACUGGAGAAUCUGUGGCACUCAUGGCACAGCCUACGGGAAAGGCAGUUAUUUUGCCAGGGACGCGAAGUACUCCCACAACUACACUGGAGACUCCACAACUCGAAGCAUGUUUGUUUGUCGGAUUCUUGCAGGGGACUACACUGUUGGCAACUCCAGCUAUGUUCGCCCUCCCUCCAAAGAUGGAGGAGACACCAUCUUCUACGACAGCUGUGUGGAUAACUUUCACAACCCGUCCAUAUUUGUGGUGUUUGAGAAGCAUCAGAUCUAUCCUGAGUACCUGAUUCAGUACAGUGAGGCAACUUACUCUAGUUCACCAACAUACCAUCACCCACUGAACUCUGCUGCAGUAAACAGAGCAGCUUAUGCUCAGCCAGCUCCAUCAGCCACAGUUACUAGAGCAGCAACACCUGCUACUACAUAUCGAGCCACACCUGCAACAGCAUCUAUAUACCGACCCACACCUGCAGCAUCAUCUACAUAUCGAGCCACACCUGCAACAGCAUCUACAUACCGAGCCACACCUGCAGCAUCAUCUACAUACCGAGCCACACCUGCAGCAUCAUCUACAUACCGAGCCACACCUGCAGCAGCAUCAUACAGCACACCCACAUAUGCGUACACUACCCCUACUACACAAAAACGUACCAAAUCUGAGAACUCCUGCAUUAUCUGCUGAAGGUAGAACAAAGACAAUCCAGUUAAAGGUGAAACAUGAGCAAAAGUUUACCUUGGUUGUCAAAUCUAAAAUGAAACUAUUUCAGUUGCAUACAAUAUUUCUCUAUGUAUUACCUCUGCUGAAACACUUCAAGAUAUUGUUCUGAAAUCACAAUGUUGAUGCUGUUGUGUGCGCUCUUCAGGAACUGUCACUAAAAUAAAAGCCACUGUCAUAAAAGUGCCCUUUGAACAGCACACUCAGGUUUACAUGAAGGGCUUUAUUUACAUACUAUUGAUCACCGAGGCCUUAUUAUUCAAACUGAACAUUACCUGAACUCAUCACAGUGCAGUUUCCACAAACAACUUGUGUAACAAAUUAAGCGUUAAUUAAGUAAAAGUGUGUUUGUGUUGGUAUUAUGUAUCAUCUCUUUGAUCAUUUCUGCUUUAUUCAUUAUUCAUUAUAAACACCUGUGUUUCUUGAAUACAUAAUACACAGUAUAAAUGCAUUUUUGACAUGCUGACAUGAUUCAUACCCCAUAACUGUUCAUAAUCUGUUAUAGUUAUAUGCAUAACACAUUAUAAACUCAAAAUGUAAGACCUUAAGUUCUAAUUGCACUAUUACCAAGUUCUUGAAAGAUGCUUUUUUUGCUUGAAACACUGUUUUGUAAAAUAAAGAGCUGAAUUGAAUACA